AUGUUCGGGAUCCAAGAUACGUUAGGAAGAGGGCCGAUCCUGAAAGACAAGGUGCUGGGGUCGGAGAUGGAUCCGGUCCGCUCCUGGGUCAGGAACGUGGGCGUGGUGGAUGCCAACGUCGCCGCUCAAAGCGGCGUGGCUUUGUCGCGAGCCCACUUCGAGAAGCAGCCGCCCUCCAACUUGAGAAAAUCCAACUUCUUCCACUUCGUCUUGGCUCUCUACGACCGCCAGGGCCAGCCCGUGGAAAUCGAGCGGACGGCCUUCGUGGACUUCGUGGAAAACGACAAAGAACAGGGCAACGAGAAAACAAAUAAUGGAACACACUACAAAUUGCAGCUUCUAUACAGCAAUGGUGUCAGGACUGAACAAGAUCUAUUUGUCAGACUCAUUGAUUCAGUCACAAAACAGCCUAUCGCCUAUGAAGGACAAAACAAGAACCCAGAAAUGUGCAGAGUUCUGCUCACCCAUGAAGUUAUGUGCAGUCGUUGCUGUGAAAAGAAGAGCUGUGGAAACCGUAACGAGACUCCCUCGGAUCCCGUGAUCAUUGAUAGAUUCUUCUUAAAAUUCUUCCUCAAGUGCAACCAGAACUGUUUGAAGACCGCCGGAAACCCUCGAGAUAUGCGACGGUUCCAGGUUGUGUUAUCAACAACAGUGAAUGUUGACGGGCAUGUCCUGGCCGUAUCAGACAAUAUGUUUGUUCACAACAACUCAAAACAUGGGCGAAGAGCAAGGAGACUUGAUCCUUCCGAAGCUACCCCAUGCAUCAAAGCUAUUAGUCCAAGUGAAGGCUGGACCACUGGUGGAGCCAUGGUGAUCAUUAUAGGGGACAACUUUUUUGAUGGGCUUCAAGUCGUAUUUGGGACCAUGCUUGUGUGGAGUGAGCUGAUCACCCCACAUGCCAUCCGGGUCCAAACACCUCCUCGUCACAUCCCUGGCGUGGUUGAAGUAACAUUAUCGUACAAAUCCAAACAGUUUUGCAAAGGAGCUCCUGGUAGAUUUAUUUAUACAGCUUUAAAUGAGCCAACCAUAGACUAUGGUUUCCAAAGACUCCAGAAAGUCAUCCCAAGACAUCCUGGCGAUCCAGAGCGACUAGCCAAGGAGAUGCUUUUGAAGCGAGCAGCUGACCUAGUCGAAGCACUGUACGGGACACCACAUAACAAUCAGGACAUUAUUCUGAAGCGAGCUGCUGAUAUUGCAGAAGCUCUCUACAGUGUCCCAAGAAAUCCAGGUCAGAUCCCUGCUUUGUCUAGCUCUCCUGCUCACAGUGCCAUGAUGGGCAUCAACUCCUAUGGCAGCCAGUUGGGAGUCAGCAUCUCUGAGUCCACACAAGGGAAUAAUCAAGGCUACAUCCGCAACACAAGCAGCAUAUCCCCACGAGGUUACUCCUCCAGCACGACCCCUCAGCAGUCUAAUUACAGCACCCCCAGUAACAGCAUGAACGGCUACAGCAACGUCCCUAUGUCCAAUCUGGCUGUUCCCACUUCACCUGGAUUUAUUAACGGUUCUCCCACAGGAUCGCCCUAUGGCUUGAUGUCUUCAAGCCCCACAAUUGGUUCUUCAAGCAGUUCCUCCAUCCUUCCAUUCUCCUCUUCUGUCUUUCCUGCUGUCAAACAAAAGAGUGCCUUUGCUCCUGUCAUCCGACCCCAGGGGUCCCCUUCCCCAGCGUGCUCCACUGGCAAUGGAAAUGGGUUUAGAGGUUUUCCCACAGUCUUUGAUUACACAGAAAGCCCGAUCCUAACUAACAAAAAAGAAUAA